AUGUUCGAGGCUAGGCUGCAACAGGCGGAUGUAUGGAAAAAGGUCAUUGACGCCAUCAAAGAGUUGGUGCAAGAGGCGACAAUCGACUGCUCUGACACUGGGAUUAGUCUUCAGGCAAUGGACAGUGCUCAUGUCAGUCUUGUUUCGCUCUUGAUGCGUAGCGACGGGUUUGAAACGUUCAGGUGCGACAGAAACAUGUCACUCGGUCUCAAUAUUACAAGUGCCGCAAAAAUUCUCCGAUGUGCCUCCUCUACUGAUUCAAUAACGUUGAAAGCCGGUGACAAGGCUGAUACAAUAACCUUUAUUUUUGAGUCCAAGAGUAAGGAGCGUUGUGCAUGGCUUACCUCUUUAGAUCAAGAGAAGGUUUCCGAAUUCGAGCUUAAACUUAUGGAUUUGGAUGUUGACCACCUUGGCAUUCCGGAAACUGACUAUAAGUGUGUUAUUCGAAUGCCUGCUUCGGAGCUUCAGAGAAUUUGCCGCGAUCUUGGGCAAAUCGGCGACUCUGUCGUUAUUACCGUUACCAAAGAUGGAGUCGGGUUUAGCUCCACUGGUGAUUUGGGGUCUGGGAAAAUCAAGCUUUCUCCAAGUGCCAACGCGGAUAAGCCGGAAGAGUCUAUCUCCAUAGAGAUGAGCGAGUCUCUCACUAUGACCUAUUCCUUGCACUACUUCAACAUCUUUACGAAGGCUGCGCCUUUGUCGAGCCAGGUGAUUCUAUCGCUCACCGCUGAUGUUCCUGCGGUUGUUGAAUUUCCAAUUGAGGAUCUGGGACACAUCCGCUACUAUCUUGCACCUAAGAUCGAGGAUGACGAGGCGUAA